UUACUGGUGUUUCGUACCAGGUCUCGCAGGAGUACAAAUACCAGACGAAUCGCAGGUGCUACCAGGUCCCUCAUCAACACAUUCCACACAUUCACAACAUCACUAGAUUCUACCAGAGCUGCAUCAUGUUUUCCUUCUGGAAGAUUUUCUAUCCCUCGCGCGAGCAGAUCAUCGCCAAUAUAGAUACCUCGCGCGAGCAGAUCAUCGUCGCCGAUAUAGAUACCUCAGGCCCGCGCAAGCGGAUCAUCGCCGAUAUAGACAGCCUCCUCGAUGUUAUCCUUAAACUCCUUAAGGCCAACUUGGACACCCUGUCCGAGGAGGCACGCUUGUCUUUUAUGGAUGAAUAUGACAGUCUUGCAGAUGCUCGUACUCGGAUGAACAAGGGCACAGAUACGAGUACGUUGACCGAGGCACUCGACGAGUGCGAGACGUUGAAGAUGAGGAUAGAGAACUAUUUUUCACGACGUUUACAGACAGCGUGCAGGAAAUGCCUGGCGGAUGAAAUAAGAAGAGGGCCAGUUCCAGUAGCUAGUAUAGCGGCCGCUGGAUCUACCAAUACAUCUAUUGCACUGGUUGACACCGAUUCAUCCAACAGGAUCACUCGAUCUGAUUCCGCUAUGACAAUUGGUACUGGCUACUCUUUAGCUACCACAGAAAGUUUCGUCUCCGCCAAUAAUUAUGCACCCCGUCAGACGACCUCGAGCAGCUCUGCAGCGUCCAUGCAGGAAAGUUAUGUUCCGCCUGUCAACAACAAAGACUGCAUGAUAUUUGGCCGAGGCUCAUUCGCCGCCGGGUCACCCACAUUCAACCUCGACUCCGAUGACGCAACUGGAGCAACCACAUUCGUGACUAAUAAAUCGUCUGCCAGACUGCCAAGACAGCGACGCCCGUUCGCAGGUGCUUACCAGCCGCAGGCGACUCAUACCACGACGCGUCAAAAUUGCAUGUAUUUCGAACCUGGCACGGAGGUGGUGGGUAGCCCGACCUUGAACAUCCGGUCAGCGCGUGCUACUGGUACCAUCGAACAAGUCAUUACUCGCCACUCAUAAUCGUGGACUUGAACACUAUUGAACAAGCCGUGUUCAAUGGCUCACUCCUGACACUUG